ACGCGACAAUUCACUAAUCGCACGACAACGUCACCGUUUCAUUUUCCACACCCUUCACCUCUCGGUGUCCUCGGUAAAAACCGAUUUUGAUUCUGUUCCCCCCAGUGUUAAAUCGGCGGAGUGUGUGUGUCUAUGAGUGUGUGUGUGUAUCUCGGGUUCCCCUUUUUUUAACCCUACCUACACUCUACUGCUACGACUCGCCAAAAUCAAUAUAUUUCCAACGAUCAAUACCGAGAAUACCCUCAUGGUACCCGCAGGAUUCUACUAAUUACACGUUUUUUUUAUUUUAACUUUUUAACUUGUUGGUUUUAACCCAUUUGUGUUUAACGUUGGUGAUUAUCGUAAUUAUAAAUAGUAUUUUGUGCGCUAUGUUCGUGUGUUGCGGGGCAAAAAGGGUUGCGUAAACUGGGCUUUUCCACGGCGCGCCGUCGUCGAGUAGGCGGGGUGAUGAGGUUUUUUUUCGCACACUCUGCUAAAUAUGGCGUCAGAGGGCUGUUGUGAUGGUUUCGGUUUAGCGAGGGUUGCGAUUUUUUCUUUUGUAUCUUCGAGAUCGCGUUGCCUCCGUGUGGAGGAGAACAACACGUGCGUGUAUUGUGCGAUAAUUCCGCCUGUUUGUCCUUCGCACGACAACGACGACGGGUUGCUAAUAAACUAAAACCAGGGCUCAACAAAUGAACAGUUUAUGUUAUCGGUAUCAAUCGCAGUAUCAAUCAAACGUUCAGCAAGUACCGAACAAUCCGCUUCCAAACAUGUCUUCCCAACGUUUCUGUCUUCGAUGGAACAAUCACCAGUCAAAUUUACUCUCAGUAUUCGAUCAGCUGUUGCACGACGAAAGCUUCGUUGACGUGACGCUGGCUGUUGAUGGAAAAUUACUCCGCGCUCACAAAAUGGUGUUGUCGGCGUGCAGCCCUUACUUCCAAACUUUAUUCGUCAAUCAUCCCGACAAAGAUCCAAUAGUCAUUUUAAAAGAUGUACCUUACAACGACAUGAAAAGUCUCUUAGACUUCAUGUACCGUGGAGAGGUCAGCGUCGAUCAAGAUCGAUUAACGGCGUUUUUAAAAGUCGCCGAAAGUUUGAGGAUAAAAGGAUUAACGGAAGUUAACGAAGAAAAGUGUGAUUCGAUAGCUUUAACGCAAAAUCAACACCACGGCAACGCUCAAUUGCAGAGGUUUAUGCCGCAGAAGAGGUUUGCGAACUCGAAUAUGUUAUCGAACGCGUUGAUGCAACCUAAACGGAAACGCGGAAGGCCCAGGAAAUUAUCGGGAAGCUCUAACGGCACUCCCGGCGAAGACUUUGAUAGAAGCGAUGGGCUGGUGCAGGGAAGUCCGGAAUUGCUUGAAGUCAAAAUGGGUAUGGAUGGAUUUACGGGAAAUCAUUCGGAUUCUAGUAGUGGGAAGGAUAGAGAUAAUGACUUGGACGAGAAUUGUAAAGAUGAAGAACCUACGGCUGGGACUUCCAAAGAAACCAGUUUUAGUAAUUCAAUAUCAAAAAGCGAAAAUGAUUUUUCACCCGCCGAAGACCAAUCAGAUUACCCAGAAAAUGAUCAAAAUCAUUCAAAUCUUCCCGAUGCAAUAACAGUAGAAGUAAUCCCAGUAAAACAUGAAUCGGUAAUAAUUUCAACAGAAGCAGCACGAAAUAUGUUAAUGGAAACAUACGAAGACCACGAUCAUAAUUACGAUAAAUCAAUGGAAUCAUCAACGGGAGUUCAUUUCUUAACGGACGACGAAGCCCCACCUUAUUCAACAACCGACGGGGAAAAGAAACGAAACGAAUUGUUAGAAUACCUUCUCAGGGAUGACGGAAGUGUCGUUUGCAAACUUUGCGGUGAGAUUUUGGCGAGUCGAACUCACUGGUAUCGUCACAAGUACAAAUUGCACGUAAAUAGUUUGGGGAAUCCGGCGCCGUUGUUUAAAUGUACGCAUUGUAACGUUUUCUUUAAAAGUAGGAAGGGUUAUACGGGACAUGUUAGUGCUCGACAUUCGGAUAAUAUGGAACAACAAGAAGAACUUAAUAUUAGUAUUAAAGAGGAGGUUGUUGAGACGGAAACUAAACCUAGUAGGAGGAAAGAAAUUAAAGGCGCAGAUUGGGAAGAACAAAGGGUUAAAGAAGAGAAAUUAGUUGCUGAUAUUAUCGAUAGGGUGAGAAGAGAAUGUGAAGCUCAAGGUGCUGCUGUUACUAGAAGAGGGUAUAGUAGGAGAUCAACGGUGAUGAUGAAUUCAUAAUUUUUAAAAUGAUAAAAAUUAAAUAUGUAAUAUACUUACUUAAAAGUUAGUUGUUCCUUAAAUCGUUGCCAAAUUUACACCAAUUAUUAUUUAUAGAUUAGUAAUCUUCUCUCAAUUACUUUUGCUCAAACUAUGAAAAAAAUUUAAUUCUUGUAUAUAGAAACUAAAAUUAUAUUUAUAUACAUUAAAU